AAAUCUCCUUAAGAUACUAAUGAAGACAUGCACUAGAGUCCCUAGUUAUGAGAAUAUGAGAGAUUCAAACACUACCAGGUUAUUGGAGAAGUCUAUCAUCAGCUUCAGCUUCAUCAAUAUGAAUGACAUGAGUCCGGUAGAGCUGGAGCGGCAUAAGCAAGAACCCGCAGAACAAAUACCGAUACUCAUUCAUGACUUGGAUUCUCCUCCUCAUGAUCAUCGUCAAUAUCAGCAUCAACUACAACAAGCAGAAAGAGAAGGAGAAGAAGAAGAAGGAAAAGAGCCUACGUAUCAUCUGGAACUGUUACGGAGAAGACUGAUCGAAAAAGAGGCGAGCAAGACGAGCAGUAUCAUGGAUAUUACUUUCUGCCCCAAUUUUUGCAUGGCAACUCUAAAGCUGCCUCCCAUCGAGGUUGACAACCACACGGUGCCUAACUUGAUGAACUUGAUGGCACAAGAGAUGUGUCCGGAUUUCAUGAGCGACUUUGAGAUCACUUCCUAUGUCUCCUUCCUUAACUCUUUGAUUGAGAAGGCGGUGAAUGUGAAGGAAUUGAGAGAUGCUGGCGUGCUGUGCAACAGACUAGGAAGCGACAAAACUGUUGUGAGACUGUUCAACAAGAUCAACACAAAGCUGGUGCCUAAUCCUGAGCAAUACAAAGAAUUGAAACACAGAAUCCAAGAACACAGUAAUACCGCAUGGACCACCAACAUGACUCAACUUUAUUACACCUGUUUCAACAGCCGCACCUGGCCUUCCCUGGUUCGCUACUCGAUCUUAGUUUGACAGCUGCGCAGACUUACAAGAACUUAAAUGACAAACCAUCCAAUUAAAAGAAGUAUUCACAAGUGUGUUUAACCUAUAGUUAAUUAUUUUUGGAUUAUACUUAUGUUGUGACAUCCUGUGCUGUCUGUUAAGAAACCAAGCAUUCUAGAGAAGAAGAAAAUGGAAUGAAAAUCAAAUUCACUU